GAUCCAUGUCCUCAAAAAUGAGUGAUCAUAAUUUUUGAAAUAAAUCUGAAUGAUUGUAUCCAUUCAUAACAUGAAUAAAAUCAUCCCACUUUAUUUUCACUCAGUAUUGUCUUUUAAAACCAUGAGGCUAGUAAAGUUAGAAAUAUUUUUUCAUUCAAAAACUCAAUUCCCCUAGAAAAGUAUUUAGAGUUAAUGAGAGCCCUCAGAGCUGGAGUGAGUCUACGGAGGCACAUUUCAUUAUCAUCAUCAAUUUAUUCUAUUGAUUGCAUACAUCAAAAUACCAUUGAUAACAUUUGUUAAAUAAACUAUGAUGAAAAGGCAAUAUGCCUGCAAUCAGAUGAAAACGUACUGACUUUCAUAACGUCUGUCUGAUUUCAACCAAUGACUUUGCAGUUAUAGAAAACGUCCAAUGCACGUUGGUUUGCGUAUAAGUCCUAUGGCCCGAGGAGAACUGAGCACAAACACCAGGAGCCGGGUAGUGAGCAAUGAAUUCCUUGGAACAGGCCGAAGAUCUAAAAGCUUUUGAGAGAAGACUGACAGAGUACGUGUCUUGUUUGCAGCCUGCAACUGGUCGGUGGCGAAUGAUUCUGAUAGUGGUUUCUGUCUGUACGGCUACCGGAGCGUGGAACUGGUUGAUAGACCCUGACACACAGAAGGUGUCUUUUUUUUCGUCGCUGUGGAAUCAUCCCUUCUUUACAAUCAGCUGCAUCACUCUAAUUGCUCUGUUCUUCGCUGGAAUACACAAACGGGUUGUUGCCCCAUCAAUUAUUGCAGCUCGUUGUCGGACGGUUUUAGCAGAAUACAACAUGUCCUGUGACGAUACGGGAAAACUUAUUCUCAAACCUCGACCAAACAUCCAAUAACAAAACUCUUGGGAAGGAGGGUGGGGAAUGAUGUGUUAUUUUAAUCACUAUGUUGAUUGACUCUGGACGACACAGUUUCCAGAAUCCUAAAACAACCUGACAUAGAAGAAGGCUGAGUGAGGAAGCACUGAUGCUGUAAUGGAAGCUCAUCUGAAGUAAUGAAGAAAUUACUGGGAAAUGUCUUUGCAUUUCAGUGUUAAUCACCUUGUACAGCUGCUUCUGCUUCCAUGUGUUGAUUUAUAACAAUGUGCAUUUGUUUUAGAUAAAUGUUUCUAUUUUCAAACUAUCUUGUUAUACACAUAAUAAAUACUUAAAUGUCAAGAUGUUGUUACAGGUAA